UCGUUGUUUAUGGUCUCCUGGAUGACAAAGAGACCGUCGGUGACCUUCUCUCGGACGUCAAUUGCUUUCUGCAGCAUCCGUACGCCACGGAAGUCAUGCCCGAAGUCAAAUAUGAGAACCCCCAUUACCUUCUUCGCCCUGGCGCUGAAAUGCCGGAACUUGAGCAUUUGUACCUAGACAUCGUGGACGAUUGUCGCACCAAGACCGAGUCGGUAGAUGAAAUAAGCAAGAGCCGCUUCUUGCAAAUUUUUGAAACUGCGGGAGCGGACGGAGGGACAGCGACAGUAGUGAAUACGUCGCCUAGGUAGUCCACAACUUCGCUCGCCGCUUAUGAGGUAUAAUACAUGCCUCGGAAAACCCUUUAGCUUACUUGCUCCAAACAAAUGUAAACCAUGGUAUAGGCAAGUUA